GGUUGUCACGUGGUUUCCCGGCUUAUCUGGGCCAGGGGAGGAGCAAGGUCCAGAGUCAAAACUCUGCUCCAAGCCCUGCAUUAACCAGAAAGGAGCAGGCAGGCAGGAGGGUCUGAACCCCUCGGGUCCUCCAGCCAUGAGGCUCCUCUGGGGUCUGAUCUGGGCAUCUGGCUUCUUCGCCUUGUCUCUGCAGAAGCCCAGGUUGCUCCUGUUUUCUCCUUCUGUGGUUCGCAUAGGGGUCCCCCUGUCUGUGGCUGUGAAACUCCAGGAUGCUCCUUCAGGACAGGUGGUGAGAGGAUCCGUAUUCCUGAGGAACCCAUCCCACGUUAAUGAGCUCUGCUCCCCGAAGGUGGAUUUCAGCCUCAGCUCAGACAGAGACUUCAUACUCCUCAACCUCCCGAUUCCGCAGGAACGGGCCAGGAUCUGUCGCCUCCAUCUCCUCCGCGGAGCCCCCAAGGUCCAGCUGAUGGUGCAGUCAUCAUGGCUAAGGGACUCUCUGUCCAAACAGACAGACAUGCAGGGUGUCAACCUGCUGCUCUCCUCUCGCCGUGGGCACCUCUUUCUGCAGACUGACCAGCCCGUUUAUAACCCUGGCCAGCGGGUUCGCUACCGAGUCUUUGCUCUGGAUCAGAAGAUGCGCCCGGCCACUGACAUCCUCACGGUUACGGUGGAGAACUCUCAAGGCUUCCGCGUGCAGAAAAGGGAAGUGGUUGCUCCCUCCUCCAUAUUCCAGGACAACUUUUUGAUCCCAGACAUCUCAGUGCCAGGAACAUGGAAAAUCUCAGCCCGUUUCUCAGACAGCCUGGAUUCUAAUAGCAGCACCCAGUUUGAGGUGAAGAAAUAUGUUCUUCCCAACUUUGAGGUGAAGAUCAUCCCUGAAAACCCAUACAUCCUGACAACGCCUGGCUUUCUUAGUGACAUCCAAGUGAUCAUCCAGGCCAGGUACAUCUACGGGAAGCCAGUGCAGGGGGUGGCAUAUGUGCGCUUUGGGCUCCUGGGUGAGGACGGUGAAAAGACUUUCCUGCGGGGCCUGGAGAGUCAGACCAAGCUGGUGGAUGGCCAGUGCCAAAUUUCCCUCCAAAAGGCUGAGUUUCAGGGUGUGCUGGAUAAGCUUCAUAUUAGCAUUAAUGACCUCCCAGGGCUGCGCCUCUAUGUCGCGGCAGCUGUUAUUGAGUCUCCAGGAGGAGAGUUGGAGGAGGCAGAGCUCAUGUCCUGGCGUUUCGUGUCAUCUCCCUUCUCCUUGGAUCUAAGCAAAACCAAGCAGCAGCUUAUACCUGGGGUCCCCUUCCUGCUGCAGGCCCGGGUCCGUGACAUGUCAGGCUCCCCAGCCUCUGGCAUCCCCGUCAAAGUGUCUGCUAAGUUGUUUUCUGGAUCGACUUCUAAAAACGAGGAUUUUGAACGGAACACAGAUGGGAGCGGCCAAGUCAUUGUUUCCAUUGGUGUUCCUCUGACCAUCUCAGAAGUGCAGCUCUCAGUGUCUGCAGGCACCCCACACCCUGCUGUAGGCCGUCUCACCGUGAAAGCCCCCCUGUCCAGAAGCUCUGGGUUUCUGUCCAUUGGGUGGCAGAAUCCUCGACCUCUUAAAGUUGGAGAGACCCUUAACCUAAACCUGCAGGCCGUGGGCAUCAGUGGGAGCUUCUCACACUUCUAC